AAACAACCUUCUUUGCUGGCUUUUUAAAACGUACAGCCAACAGGUACCCGGUACCAGUAUGUGGCGUUCGUAUCUUUUGACCUUUCCCCCUUUGAUGUCAUCACCCGUAGUGUUGAGAUAGUGUUGCCAAUAGAUACCAAGAUGGCAAAGAAAAGGCGUAAGCCAAACAGCGCUAAUCUCAAAGGCGGGCACCGAGGCAAGAAGAGCCGUGGAGAAGCUCGGCCUCCAAUUCCGGUAACAGUUUUAUCAGGUUUCCUUGGCUCUGGCAAGACAACGCUGCUACAGCACAUUCUUACUUCACAAGAGCAUGGGCUACGAAUCGCCGUCGUUGUGAACGACAUGGCUGAGCUGAACAUUGAUGGCAAUAUCAUUAGGCGAACAAGCACCGCGGAAAGGCAAGAUCCGGCAGAUCCACAGAUUGUCAAGACCAAGAAGGAGGUUGUCACUUUGGAGAAUGGGUGCAUUUGUUGCACUCUCCGUGGUGAUUUGAUUCGCGAGAUCAACCGCAUCCAAGAAUCGAAGCUGUUCGAUUACAUCUUGAUUGAGUCGACUGGAAUCGCAGAACCACAGCAAGUGGCAGAAUCCUUUUGUGUCGAUCCCGAGACACAGGCGUUGGCAGGUAGUGAUGCAAGUAUGCUUUUGAACUCUGCUCGUUUGGAUACUUGUGUUACUCUGGUCGAUGCCGUGAACUUCCCCAACUACUUGUCUUCUCUGAAACGAUUCCAACAACUAUUCCAAGACGGCAUAGACGAUGCAGAAGAAGGUGAAAGCGAAAAGAGCAUUUCCGAGCUAAUGGUCGAGCAAGUUGAGUUCGCGAAUGUGAUUUUGAUAAACAAGGUAGAUCUAGUCGCUCCCAAAAAGCUGGAAAUCGCCAAGACACUCAUCCGAGCUCUAAACCCCAAAGCGCGGGUCAUUACAGGGUGCUUCGGGAAGAUUGACCCAACCGAGAUUCUCAAUACACAUUUGUUCAACAUGAAAGAUGCUAGUGAAUCUCCUGGAUGGCUAGUUUCCUUGGAAGACGGCGUCACCGCAUCACAAGGCGAAGCCGAUGAAUACGGUGUCAGCUCCUUUGUCUAUCGCUGCAGAAAGCCAUUUCAUCCAAAAAGGAUUCAUGGCUUUCUGCAGCAGCUCUUUUGCUUUGUCGAGGAUUGGAAUUCCGAUACCUUCUCCCAAGACACAGACGAGGGCGCUGCCUCUAAAAGUUUGGAAAAGAGAUACGGGAGUAUCUUGCGGUCGAAGGGAACCUGUUGGAUUGCCGGUCGAGACGAUCAUGAAAUUGGCUGGGCCCAGGCGGGACGGAUUGUUCAGCUGAGUCCAAUAGCCCCAUGGCAUUGCAAGACAGACCCCAGCGAAUGGGAGGGUGCACAAGCGGAUGAAGACCGCGCCCGGAUUGAAAGAACCUUCGAUGGCACUGAUGAACAAGGCAACUCUUUCAAGCAUGCUUUUGGAGAUCGUCGUCAAGAAGUCGUCUUUAUCGGAACCAACUUGCAGCGUGCAACUAUUGAAGAAUCUCUCAACGAUUGUCUCUUGACAGAUGAGGAGAUGGCAAGUCAUUCCAUGGAUGUUCCGAAGGGAGCCUACCAGGAUCCGCUUCAACCAAUCCUGGUUGCUUGUGACAGCGACCGAAGUCUCUUUUUGACUGCUCGUCCAGGGCAAAACCAACAUAUUCGAAUCUUCCCUGGAUUCUCGUUGACUUUGUACAAUCUGGCCCUCAACAUUGAUACUGACACCAGUGCUCUCAAGGAAGAUGAGAUCAGAGCCGUCAAGGUAUGGCUCGACAACUCAGACAGUGUGCAGCGCGGAGUGUUGCUGGCGACGCUGAGACCUGGCAAGACUGAGCAGCAUGCAAUGUCGCUCUCCUUGCUUCCUUGUGAUGAAGAAGGGGGAGAAGAGGCGAUGAAUCGGCGGAUCCGAAUUGAGGUUGUGCUCAGCAAGGAAGCCAAGAAAAGGUCGGCAUCCCUGGAUCUUAUGAACGAGUGUGAAGUGCACAUUAUGGGGAAAAGUGAGCCGGUGCCCUACUCCUCCGCCGACGGCGAAGACGACCAAGGCAUGGAGGAAGAAGCUUGCGAUCCAGGGGACUGUCCGGCAUAGCGGCGCAUGCCAUACCGUAGGUUGACCUUACACUGUGUAGGAUCGCAGUGACUAUGGCGUCUAGGAAACAGUGGCAUGGCGCGCUUUGUCAACAUCAGCCACCAGAUCGAAUGGCACAGGAAUUAGAGUCCAGACACGCACCAUGGCUUUGCCGCAAAGAAGAAAUAGAAAGCGAAUAAAGUGAAUACUGUAGACCGGGGCGAACAAAAACUGAGCACUCUGGGU